AUUGUGAAUUUUGAUUUUGAUUCCGAUAGGAGCCAAUUGACGGGCCAUUCGCGGGAGUAAACCGGCAACCAAGAAAGAAAAAUAAAAAACAAGGAAAACGAAAAACCUAACCCGAUCGGCGAAGUGGGUUUUGACUCCUUCGAAAGGAGAAAUCAGAAAUCCGAGCGAACAAUCAUAAUACAGGGAAGUGGGCAUGGCGACCAGCAGCCGAGAAGCGCGUCGAAGGAAGAUCAUGGAGAGAAGCUCCGACCGUCUUGCUCUCAUCACCGGUCGUAUCCAAAGCCUACCUUCUCCCUCAACCAUCUCUUCCCCACCGCACGAUUCGCUUCCCGCCCUCUCAUCUACGCCUUUGACUUCCCAUCUCACAGAUCAGAGCUCCGUUUCUUCCCAUGUUUUGGACAAGGACUCUGGUUCUAUGUUGCUGAAGCAUGAUUCCGAUUCAGAAUCGGGCUUGGUUGAUAUCAACAAUGGUGGAACAAGGGUAGAACCUCAUUUAGGCAAAGGUGAAGCAAGCAUUGAAGCCGUAAGACACCCUGCUUCAGAAGUCAGUGACAAAGUACAUUCAUCCAUACUCUCGUCAGCUUCUGAAAAAACUAUUUCCCCUUCUGGCACUGAGCAACAACCAGAAAAACAGAUUCCUUAUCAUCGAUUUUUCAACCCAAAACAAAUAAGUUUUGCCAUCACGGCUUCUGAGAGUACUCGGAUAUUUUGUUCUGUAAUAGUGGCUGCUUUAGGGGUUCUUUCCCAUCUAGGAUUCCCACUUCUAGGGAGCAACUUCAUGAAGACCUUCAUAUUCUCCAGGCCACUGUUUUUAGUUUUGCUGACCAAUUUGACAAUUGUGCUUGCACAACUUUUUGAGAAACAAAAAGGCUUAGAUCGGGCAGAGAAAGGAGCAAGCAAGGUUAGUUCUGAAGAUGGAUAUGGUUGGGCUGAACAAAUCGGUCAGGUGUUAGAGGUUGGAUUGGUUUUUCAGAAGAUCGUUGACACAGUGUUCAUGGAUUGCAGUGUAUAUGUGAUGGUUGUCAUAUGUGGCCUCUCACUCUUGACGAAAUUCAGCUGAUGGUUAUUUCUUUUUUCUUUUUUUUUUUUAAUAAUGUAUAAACCCAUAAUUUUUUGGGGGUUAUGAUUUGGCCUAAGUGAUCUUUGCUAAUUUGGCUAUACAUCCCUUUCUUUGUCUCCAAUUUUGACACAGUACAGUUCCAUUGUGUACUGCCCUCUUAAUUUUUUUACCUGUAAUCUAAUCUGACGCUUAUGACAAUGGUUAGUGGUCUGCUUUCUUAUUGAUUGUCGCUGUCUGUUUUAAGGGCAAUUUAGAAA